AGGCGGGGCCCCGAAAGGCCGGCAGGAUGGCGGCGGGGGAGGAGGACUUGGAGAAGCUGCGGAUGUCCGGGGCCGGCAAGGCCAUCGCCGUGCUCACCAGCGGGGGGGACGCCCAGGGUAUGAAUGCUGCAGUCCGGGCUGUGACUCGUAUGGGGAUAUAUGUUGGAGCAAAAGUUUUCCUGAUUUAUGAGGGCUACGAAGGCUUGGUGGAAGGAGGAGAGAACAUUAAACAGGCAAAUUGGCUGAGCGUCUCCAAUAUUAUCCAGUUGGGAGGUACCGUCAUUGGCAGUGCUCGGUGCAAAGCUUUUACCACCCGAGAGGGUCGCCUGUCCGCCGCCUAUAACUUGGUCCAGCAUGGCAUCACCAACCUGUGCGUCAUCGGUGGAGAUGGCAGUCUGACGGGCGCCAAUAUCUUCCGCACAGAAUGGGGUGGCCUGCUGGAGGAACUGGUGUCUCAAGGGAAGAUCACAGAGGCGGUGGCCCAGAAGUACUGUCACCUGAACGUUGUUGGGUUGGUGGGCUCCAUCGACAAUGAUUUCUGUGGCACGGAUAUGACCAUUGGCACUGACUCAGCCCUGCACCGGAUCAUGGAGGUGAUUGAUGCCAUCACCACCACAGCUCAGAGCCAUCAGAGGACAUUUGUGCUGGAAGUUAUGGGCAGGCACUGUGGGUACCUGGCCUUGGUCUCAGCCUUGGCAUCUGGAGCUGACUGGCUCUUCAUCCCUGAGGCUCCGCCGGAGGACGGCUGGGAGAAUCACAUGUGCAAGAGACUUGGGGAGAUGCGUAGCAGAGGGUCCAGACUCAAUAUCAUCAUCAUUGCUGAAGGUGCCAUCGAUAGAAAUGGAAAACCCAUCUCAUCCAAUUACGUAAAGGAUGUAACUGGUGUUAAGCGCCUUGGAUUUGAUACUCGGGUGACGGUCCUGGGCCACGUACAGCGAGGAGGAACGCCCUCUGCUUUUGAUCGGGUCUUGUCCAGCCCUCUAGGAUCAGCUAAAUGGAUGGGCCUGAUGCGUACUGAAGCCACGCCCAACACACCAGCCUGUGUCGUGAGUCUGUCUGGGAACCAGUCUGUCCGACUGCUGAUGGAGUGCGUUCAGGUACAAAAGAAGUGCAGAAAGCCUGGAUAGAAAAGGUUUGAUGAAGCGAUCCUUCUCCGAGGGAGGAGUUUUGAAAAUAACUGGAACAUUUACAAGCUCCUUGCGCACCAGAAGAAAGCGCUGGAAAAGUCCAACUUCUCCUUAGCAAUUUUGAACGUCGGGGCACCAGCAGCCGGGAUGAAUGCGGCAGUGAGGUCAGCGGUGAGGAUCGGAAUCUCGAAGGGGCACACGAUGUACGUCGUCAACGACGGCUUCGAGGGCUUAGCCAAGGGGCAGGUCCGAGAGGUGGGCUGGCAUGACGUAGCCGGCUGGCUGGGCCGCGGGGGAUCGAUGCUGGGAACCAAGAGAACCCUCCCGAAGACAUGCAUGGAGAAAAUUGUGGAAAGCAUUCGGACUUACAACAUCCAGGGUCUGUUGGUCAUCGGGGGUUUCCAGGCGUAUGAGGGCGUGCUGCAGCUGGUCGAGGCCGAGCAGUACGAGGAACUGUGCAUCAUCAUGUGCGUCAUCCCGGCCACCAUCAGCAACAACGUCCCCGGCACCGACUUCAGCCUCGGCUCGGACACCGCCGUCAACGCCGCCAUGGAGAGCUGCGACCGGAUCAAGCAGUCGGCCUCCGGGACCAAGCGCCGGGUGUUCAUCGUGGAGACGAUGGGCGGGUACUGCGGCUACCUGGCCACGGUGACGGCCAUCGCCGUCGGAGCAGACGCCGCUUAUAUCUACGAAGAUCCUUUCACCAUCCACGACUUAAAGGUGAGGAGGCGCAAAUGUGGACACUUGACCGACAAAAUGAAAACAGACAUUCAGAGAGGCCUGGUGCUCCGAAAUGAAAAGUGUCACGAACAUUACACGACAGAAUUCUACAAUCUGUACUCAUCCGAGGGGAAAGGGAUUUUCGACUGUAGGACCAACGUCUUGGGCCAUCUGCAGCAGGGAGGAGCUCCCACCCCGUUCGACCGUAACUACGGCACCAAGUUGGGAGUGAAGGCUAUGCUGUGGAUGUCGGAAAAACUGCAGGAGGCCUACCGCAGGGGUCGCGUGUUCGCCAAUUCGGCAGACUCGGCCUGCGUGAUUGGCCUGAAGAAGAAAGUGGUGGCCUUCAGCCCCGUGACCGAACUCAAGAUCACCGAUUUCGAACACAGGAUGCCCCGGGAGCAGUGGUGGCUAAAUCUGCGCCUGAUGCUGAAGAUGCUGGCCAACUAUCAGAUCAGCCUGACCGAGUACGUCUCCGGGGAGAUGGAGCACGUCACCCGACGCACCCUCAGCAUCGAGAAGGGCUUCUAACGGCCCCUCCGGCCCCGCUCCCUUCCCCUCCCGGAUGCCCGUGAGUGCCGCGCCGGCCGAGAACAACCCCCGGCCUAGGAGGGCGGGGGCCGCUCCGGUUCGCCGCCGAGAGCCGGGCGGCGAGACCGGACCGCAACCGCGGGACGAGGGAGCUGAGGAAGCCAGCGGGGUGAACCGGAGCGACCGGCUCCGCCUUCCCGGAUGCCACCGACCGAUGGACUUGAGCGGUCCCCGCCCGAGGGCAGCCACCUGCCAGCGAAAGGCAGGGGAAGACGAUCUCUCAGAUGUCGAGCUGCGUGAUCAGUUUCCCAACCCUCCAUAUCUUAUUAUUUAAUGAGCAAGUCUUUGGGGGGGGGGGGGCUCUUUUUAAAUUUGGGGGGCCGCACCCAGGAAGAAGCAUGGGAAGGUGGGAUGAGGGUCACAGCUCUCCCGAUCCCCGUCCCGGCUUCAACUUGGCCGCGUCGGGUUAAAAAGUCCACGUACGCGCGGUCACCCCGAACUGGCUCGAGCGUGAGCCCUGCGAGGGUUUGAACUCGUAGCCUCCCGUGUGUCCGAUUCACGUGGCCGGUCAGGUUAGGCGGGGUGUACAGAUCCCACCCCAAGUGCUGCCGCCACGCUUCCUGGGGGGGGGGGGGGUCUUCGUCCAUCCGCGGGUGUAGAGAUGGGAUCCGUUUACCCGUUAGGCCGUGGCACGCCUGAGGGGGCUCAUUUGACCACCUCCCACGUUCCUCCCCCAACCCCGUGGAUGCUCACGUGAUCGGGCAACCCGCACUGCCCAGUUGUUCUCUGCGAAACUGCCGCGAUAAAGCAAUAUCCCGAACCGA